GAUAUCUCCAAGGCUGUAAAACACUCGAAAAGGAAAUUUGUUCAGAUUGAAAAGCCCCCUGUAUGCCAAAAAUUACUGCAGGAAGGAAAGAAGUACAGACUGAUCUGUGAGCCAGAGGCUGAAAUAACUCCUGAGGAGAUUGAGUUUGUUGACGGGUCCCUGCUGAAGCUGAAGAGUUACUUUGAGGUGUAUUUGGAGAAGCCCGAUGACUUCACCCUGUCCCUGGUGGAGCAGGACUCGGAUGAGACCGUGUGGAAAGCCAGGCUGAGAGAGACUUCCCAACCCAACCAUUCUGCUCCCCUGGGAUCCUCAGGAAUGUUCCUGGUGGGAAAUCCAGGCAGGAUCCUCCAGAGAAACGGGAAUGGAGUUUGGUGUGGGCAGGAGCCACUUCCAAGGCUUUCAGGAGAGCUGGAUCCCAGAAUUCUGGGCUUCCCCCCCGGGCAAAGCCGCUCCAGGAGGACACAAACACUGGGAGAAGCCACUUGGUCUUUUCCAUCACCUGGAAAAGAUUUUUUAUUUCCUUCAGGGAAAAAACAGGGAGAAGAAUUCCCCUGGAACCUCUCACCCCCUUUCCAAAGCCACUGAAGCGCCAGAAUCGUGAGGUGCGUUGGAUUUCUCAUGGAUCAGGGAAGAAUAAUCCGGAAUUUGUCCCAAAUUCCUUGGUGUAAUCACUGUAAAUACGGAAUUACUGUACAGAUCCUGUGCAUCCAGUCCUGGUGAAGCUGUGGUUCUGCUUCCUGAGAUUCCCAAAGGUGGGAACACCACUGUGAACUGCAGGCAGCUCGGAAUUUCCCCAUGGAAUUUCUUCUCCCCUCUUUUCUGUAUAGCUUGUCACCGUUUUUUUACGUUUUGUAAUUCCUUUUUUGUAUGAGAAACUUUUUAUAAUUCUUUUUAAAUUUUUUUUUACUUGAUUUGUUCGAACUUGGAUAGAAUUUAGGUUCUUAAAAAUGUGAGGAGCUGAAAUCCCUGUGCUGCAGGAUAGGAAGAAAAUUGGGAAAAAUGGAACUUGCAGAAGAGAGAAGUGACCAGAUCCAGGACUGUCUUGUUUUUAAGGCUGUGGGAGACUUGGGAUCAUCUUCCUCUGUGUAUGUUUGGGAAAGGAAAACAUACUUUUGAAAAAUAAGGAUUAAACAGGAAAAAUUUCCAUUA